CUUAUAUCCCAGCGUUUAUCCCGGGAACUCAUAUCCUAUGAGCGAAGAUUAUCGUGAUUUCGAGGAGCAGUUACGUCUGCAAAACUUACCCAACGAUGUCCAAACCAGUAAAACCCGCGUUGACCCAGAUGGCACCGUCAUGGAAUGGGAUGAAAGACGAAAGGCUUGGUUUCCAAAGAUUGAUGAUGAUUUUAUUGCGCGUUAUCAGAUGAGUUACGGUGUGGUCACCACAGACGACAACCAACCUACCCCACAUGUAGACACGCAAAAUGGGAACUCGGUCUCCUUGGAUUGGAGCAAUUUCAACACCAGACUAGCACAACUACGUGCUGAGAAAGGCGAAAACUCAGAUGAGGUGCAAGCUUUCACUAAGGCUGCUCAUGAUUCUUUAACAGCCUACUAUAAUUCUCCUGCUUAUCGGGAGUGGUAUGAAAACUACUGCAAACACCAGGCAGAGACUGCCAAACCAGCGCCAGCUGCUGUAACACAGUCUACCGUACUUCAGCCACGGAAACCGAGACACGAUCUUAAACCGUCUGAACGCAUGCGAAGCACCUUAGUGGAUGAUGGCGAGGAUCCCGAGAUUGCGCUUGCUCGAGCUGAGGCGGAGCAGCAAGCGGGUGUUCCUUUGUCCGUUGAUACCGAGGCACCAAAAGGCGAAUCAGCCACUGAGCACACACCUGCUGAAUCAGCAGCCACUGAACCUGCUGCCACUGUGUCAACUAAACGGAAAACCACAACGCCUGCACCCGCCUGGUACGAAAUGAGCGAUGACAAGAAUACACAUGUCUACGUGACCGGUUUGCCGGUGGAUAUCACUGAGCCUGACUUUUUUGAGCUCAUGUCCAAGUAUGGUGUUAUCAUGAACGAACCUUUCACCGAUCGGCCUCGAAUCAAACUUUAUUUGGACGAAGAGGGCAAGCCUAAGGGUGAUGGGCGCUGCUGUUAUGUAAAGAUGAGCGAUGACAAGAAUACACAUGUCUACGUGACCGGUUUGCCGGUGGAUAUCACUGAGCCUGACUUUUUUGAGCUCAUGUCCAAGUAUGGUGUUAUCAUGAACGAACCUUUCACCGAUCGGCCUCGAAUCAAACUUUAUUUGGACGAAGAGGGCAAGCCUAAGGGUGAUGGGCGCUGCUGUUAUGUAAAGGUUGAGUCGGUUGAUUUGGCCAUGAAACUGCUGGAGGGAAUGGAAUACUCACCGGGCCAUGUGCUUCACGUGGAGCGUGCCAAAUUCACGCCAAAGGGUCAGUUUGAUCCUAAAAAGCGUCGGCGUUUGACGUUGAAAGAAAAGAAGAAAUUGAAGGAACAACAAGAGAGUCUCUUCCGGUGGGGCAUCGACACGAGCAAAUUCGUUCGCAGCAAGAAGGAGCGAGUUUUGGUGCUAAAGAAUGCAUUCGUGGAAACAGACUUUGUGACUGAUGUGACUCUCAUCCCCUUGGUCCGUGAUCGUCUCCGUGCUCAAUGUGCUAAAUGCGGCGUUGUAAAGAAGAUCGUGGUCCAUGAUACUAAUCCGUUGGGUGUCGUCACAGUGACGUUUAAUACCCCGGAGGAGGCGGACACUGCCCUUGGGUUUUUGAACAAGGCCUUGUUUAAUUAUCCAGGACCUGGCGGGGUACGUCAGCUACAGGUCGAACGCUGGGAUGGAAGGACAAACUACUCACUGAAAGAAGAUGAGUCAGAAGAAAUCAAUCGUAUUCAUAAGUGGGAAGAAUUUCUAGGAGGUGAUCAAUCAUCUGACGAGGAAACGCCUGCUGUGGAACAUGAAAAAGAGGCUCUGCCGAUAGAGAGGGGCCAAGACCAGCCGCCGGACUAUUGGGAGACUUCCAGCCCGGAAAGCCAACAAGAUACCGAUGAGGCGGGUGGAAGCAGUGGUGCAGAAACCAGCUGAUUGGAGCCAGCUACAUCAUGUACCCAUAAGUCACUGUACAGUUUAUGUCAUAUAAAAUAA